AGUGGGAGGAGGUGGAGGAGGUAGGUAGUGCCUUGCUCGCCCUACUAAAAGGUCGCUCUAUCCUCCCAAGUUCCCAAGUUCCCAAGUUCCCAAAAAGGAUCCAUAAAGGACCCAGGCCAUUUUUCCAUUUUCCGCCUUACCUCAUUCUCACACGUCCUCUUAUUCAAUGUUCUCACUUAACCUCACUCAACCUCACCUAAACUAAACAAACCUAGACAUCCACCGCCCACUUCUACAAAGGCCGCCGCACCAGAACAAGAAUUGAGAUUUGCUCACGACAGCAAUAUAGAAAUGCUACCGCUUAUCUAUAGUGCCAAAUUCAUAUGAUUUUAUGAUUUAAUUUUACGACUUGGGAUAUUAUACUACGUAUCAUUUGCAUUUGUCUUAGGCAGGUAAUGCAAUUGAUACCGAAUUAUGGCAUGAGGAUCUCGUCUUAACUCAUUGCUAUUUCGCUGUCGCAUUCAUCAUUACUGCAAGUCACUGGCUCUAGCUGCUUUCUAUUGAAGAAUACCUAGAUAGGGUUGAAUAAGUGACUGACCGCCAGCACAAACUGUCAAACCAUUUUUUAUUUUAUUUUAUUUUAUUUUUUUGCGGCGACUCAUUCCUCAUUUAUUCUACCUAUUCUACCUACUCUACCUACUUAAGGCAGGAGAUACCAAGGACAUAUCCCAGUACCUGCCUACCUACCUAACUGACUUUUCCCCUUCUUCUUUCAACCGCACUUGCCUUACUUUCGCAUGAUUGUCAUAGAACGACCCCACACAAUGGAUCCAGAUACUUCGUCGCUCUCAUCAAUCUCGGAUCUUUCAGACCCUCCUCCCUCCGACCCACCUUCUUCACCUCUGUCCAUACUUUCAAGGUCGCCUACCAUAUCACCACGAACAUCUCUUUCUUAUGAUCCAACCCGAUUACCUUCCCCGCCGUCUACUAUUGCCUCUUCAGGCUGCGCAUCGCCAAUGAAGCCCCCAGACCAAGUCUCUGUCGAGAACGAGAUCACAGUGAAUCCUGAUGGCCCUCCACCUGCUAAGCGCCGCCGUGUCGAGCGCAAACCCCGUACUACUGAGUUUCUUGAUCUGAAAGCCGCUUCAGAACAGAGCGAGAAGGAUGAGCGGUUACUAGAACAACUGACCAGUCUACUACGCAAGAAGAAGAAAAUUGUGAUAAUUGCCGGCGCUGGAAUCUCGGUCUCUGCAGGAAUUCCCGAUUUCCGAUCGUCCAAAGGUCUCUUCGCGACGCUACCUAAAGAGCACGGACUCAAAGGUUCUGGCAAGCACCUGUUCGACGCUUCUGUCUAUAAACAUGACUCCACCACCUCGUCCUUUCAUACAAUGGUUCGGGAUCUAUCGCACCUUACGAAGAAUGCGGAGCCUACCCCGUUUCACCAUUUGAUUGCCUCACUCGCCAAGGAAGGUCGCCUGCUACGUCUCUAUACCCAGAACGUUGACGGUCUUGAUACGUCUAUGCCACCUCUUGCUACGACUGUUCCCCUGAACGUUAAAGGACCAUGGCCCAAGACUAUUCAGUUGCAUGGCGGUUUGGCCAAGAUGGUGUGCUCUAAAUGCAGCGAUAUCAGCGAUUUCGACGGCUCGUUGUUCGAAGGCCCUGAAGCACCCCUUUGCAAGGGAUGCGAAGAAACCGACAACGUACGCACAUCUCAUGCUGGAAAGCGCAGCCAUGGUAUUGGAAGACUGCGACCGCGAAUGGUUCUCUACAAUGAGUACAACCCCGAUGAGGAAUCCAUCGCUAAUGUCGUCCGAGCCGACAUUCGAGCCCGACCGGACGCCGUUCUAGUUGUCGGCACCAGCAUGAAGAUCCCCGGUGUACGUAACAUGGUCAAAGAUAUGUGCCGUGUAACAAGAGGGCGAAAGGAUGGUAUGACUGCCUGGAUCAAUCUAGAGCCUGAACCAACCGGCGCCGACCUGAAGAACUGCUGGGAUAUAGUAGUCAAAGGUAAAUGCGACGAUGUCGCAUCGCUGGUACAUCUUCCUCAUUAUGAUGAAAGCAUUGAAGAUACUGUGGCUGUUGAUGAGAAGAAAUAUGAGCAAAAUCUACGCGGUAUCAAGCUUGAGGUUGAGAUUCGGAAGACUGCACCCAGAGGAAAUUUGUCGGUAAAGCAGGAGUCACGUGACAGCUCGCCUGUCGAAGCCAAGCCACAGUCUAUUCAGAACGUCCAGGGCAUGCCGACACCUUCUGCUAGUCCCAAGGUACGAGCAGCCCUGCCCACGGCCAAGCCACAACAGAAGCAGAGUAAGCUCGCUUUCAUCGGCCUAGACAGUUCUAGAGAUAGUAGCUCGGGCCCGAAGGCCAAGAAGGCAGCACAGCGAAAGCCUAGGAAGAGCAAGCAGACGGAGCCGAAGAAGCUUUCUAAGGUCACGAUCAACAACACGUUCAAAGCUACCAAAACAUCGACGACCGCCCCUAUAAAUAAAAUUCCCGCCAAACGCGAGUACGAAACUGAACCUGAACCGACUAUUCCAUCCCCUCGAGCUGUCAUGCGGGAGGAAUUCUCAUUACGCCCAAGAGGAAAAGCUGCUGAAAAGCCUACGGAAGGCCAGAAAAAUGUCGAGCUGGCAGUACCCACUACCCCAACACAACAUACUACACAUGUUUCUCCCGGCACGAUUUCUCCUACGUCUAAACCCCGAGGCUUCGCGUCCCUCAUCGACUAGUUGGAUCUUAGGGACCCAACUCUAUCUGCUAGUCACAAUAAACGCCUUAAUGACAACUUGUACAUAUUAUUUCAACACAUACUUUGCAGCAUGCGCCGGGAAUAGACUAUUGCAUAGAGGGGGCUUCCGGAUAGGCUCUUCCCAGGACACUCACAGAACGGCGGCAUAUGGGAUCGGACAACUGGAGCUAGAAGGAGCGUAUCAUGAUGGGUUACGCGGAGACUGUUGGCCAUGAUUUCUUCACAUUCAUUGCACUCUCAUGCAUGACCUAAUUAAGGAACGUGCCAACAUGCGUGUAACCUGACCGUAGGUGAUCAUGGAAUCAUGACUACGUUAUCCUUUGCUUUGCUUUGCAUUGCUUGACCCAGGCAGUGAGUUGGUAAUUAGGUAACUAAGUAGCUAGCUAGCUACCUAGGUAGCCAGACAUUCAAUAACAGUUUUGAAAGACAUGGCGAUAUAAUAGCUAGGGGGAAAUCAAAACUACCUACCUAGGUACGUAGUAGGUGGCCGUGGCCAGAGCAGAGCAUAGAAGGUGAAAUUAAUACAAAAUACCCCUUACCCCUUACCCUGCUAUUUCUCUCUCACCUACCUGCCUGCCAACUACCUAAAUCCACGUAUAGAAUAAUUACAAGACCCUCGAAAUAAAAACUAUUGCAUUUUA